CCACGCCCCCCUGUGUCAGGCACUUCCGCCUCUGUGUCAAGGCUUCACUAAAUUCUUGCUCACAUCCCUGGACUUGUCAAAACAUUCACUCUGCGCACACAGAUCCUGCUUCUCUCGACAACGCUAAAGAAACCCAACCUGAGCUCAGAAGUCAGCUGUGGACGUCUCUGAAUCAAGCUGCAGAUUUGCUCCAAUUGAGCCCCUGGAUAUUGAGCGAACAUCGUGCUGUUGCCGUGCUGACAGGCCAGAGGGACAUUGAUCGCCAGGUGUCCCUCCAGAGGAACUCUGAGGGGUCGCCACGGAAAGGAACAUGUUCUAGAAGUCGUACGUCUGUCCUAAUCCACUGGUCGGCUUUGACUCUAGAAGAUGAACAAUGAGGAUGAGUUCUACGACGCCGUCACAGGUCUGGAUUCAGACGAGUCGUAUGAAGGCGUAUCGGAGGCCAGCUUCAAAGAUGCGCUGGUGUUUGACAGCAGCAGCCAGAAGAACAAUGGGUCUGUGCCACAAGAGAAUGGCAUCAAGAAACACAGGACGUCAUUACCGGCGGCCAUGUUCUCCAGAAACACUAUCAGUGUGUGGAGCAUCCUGAAGAAAUGCAUCGGACUGGAACUCUCCAAGAUCACGAUGCCCAUCGCCUUCAACGAGCCUCUGAGCUUCCUGCAGAGAAUCACAGAGUACAUGGAACACACUUACCUCAUCAACAGAGCCUGCGCAUUGCCCGACUCCAUAGAGCGCAUGCAGGCGGUAGCUGCUUUUGCUGUGUCAGCGGUUGCGUCUCAGUGGGACAGAACUGGAAAACCUUUCAACCCUCUGCUGGGAGAGACCUAUGAGCUCACCAGAGAGGACCAGGGCUUCCGGCUGGUGUCGGAGCAGGUAUCCCACCAUCCCCCGGUCAGUGCCUUCCAUGCAGAGAGUCUGGUGGGGGACUUUGUCUUCCACGGAUCUAUCUACCCCAAACUCAAGUUCUGGGGCAAGAGCGUCGAGGCCGAGCCGAAAGGGACCAUCACACUAGAGCUGCUCAAGCACAACGAGGCGUACACAUGGAGUAACCCCUACUGCUGUGUUCACAACAUCAUCCUGGGGAAGCUGUGGAUAGAGCAGUAUGGCACCGUGGAGAUAGUCAACCACAGCACUGGAGACAAAUGCGUGUUGAAUUUCAAACCCUGCGGGAUGUUUGGCAAAGAGCUGCACAAAGUGGAGGGAUACAUCCAGGAUAAGAGUAAAAAGAAGCACUGUGUGAUCUACGGGAAGUGGACCGAGUGCAUGUGGAGCGUGGACCCUCAGGCGUACGAGGCCCACAAGAAGUCGGAGAAGAGAGGGGACAACAAGAAGCACAAAAGUGAGGACCAGGAGGAGAACGAUGACGCGGACGACAUGCCCGAUGCCCAGGAGACGGUCUGUGUGGUACCAGGAAGCACUCUGCUGUGGAGGAUAGACUCCAGACCGGCUCUCUCUACUCAGAUGUACAACUUCACCAACUUUGCGAUGUCUCUCAAUGAGAUGGAGCCCGGCAUGGAGGGCAGGGUGGCCCCCACAGACUGCCGCUUCAGGCCCGACAUCAGAGCCAUGGAGAACGGCUUGAUGG